AUGUCGCCGACGUCGCCGGUACCUCAAACCCCUGAGUGUGCAUUUCCUUUGGUUAUAAUUGACGACACCCAACGUAGUGCCGACGAAGAUAAAGCUGACAGCAUCUUCGACGACAAUCUAGAUGAGGCCAUGUCGGCUGCAGUCGAUGCGCUCGAGGCGAUACAAGAGCGUCGUAGGAUCGCAAAUGAACGUUAUCGUUUAGUUGAUGAAAUAAUGCUUCCGCUAACUAAAUCUGGGAGUAAAUUUAUAUCAUUCGGUGUGAGACCGUUUAAGAACUUUGAAGCGGCUGUUAAAAUCCACAAUCCACAAUUGACAGCGGCAGUGAUCUUCGACGAUGAAGAGUAUGAUGAUUUUGUCAAGAAAUUGGCACGAGAAAGUUUCUUUGGAGGACGCACUAAUGCAUCACAACUUUAUUAUAAGUGUCGCCCUGGUGAAAAAAUAAAAUAUUAUGACGUAUGCUCGUUGUAUCCAUACGUAAAUAAAUAUGGAAAAUAUCCUGUGGGUCAUCCGGUGAAACUUUACGUACAUCCAAAUGACUGCAAUCAGAUUGACUUGCAAAACUUUGAAGGAUUGGUUAAAUGUACGGUCCUACCGCCUCAAGACCUGUAUCAUCCCGUGCUUCCAUAUAGAUGUAACGGUAAAUUAACAUUUCCGCUGUGUCGAUCCUGCGUGGAAACAGAAUGUCAACGAGAGUGUUCACAUCAAAUCAGUGAUCGACAGUUUACUGGUACCUAUGUUGCUGAUGAGCUGCGCAAGGCGAUUGAAAAACAGUAUAAAGUUGUAAAUAUUUCUGAGGCCUGGGAAUAUAAAGUUGUACAAUAUGACAGAGACUCAAAAUCUGGCGGGCUGUUCUCAGAAUAUGUUAAUAAUUUUCUCAAAAUCAAACAGGAAUGCAGUGGUUGGCCGAGCUGGUGCGUUAGUGAACUAGAGAAAGACCGUUACAUCGAUCUGUAUCGAGAACGAGAGGGAAUUAUUUUAGAUAAGCAAAAGAUAUGCAAGAACGCAGGCCUUAGGUUUGUUUCCAAAAUAAUGUUGAACUCAUUUUGGGGCAAAUUUGGCCAACGAGAGAACGCUCAACAAACUCAAUUUAUUCACGAUCCUUGCGAAUUAUUUAAGAUGGUGACAAAUCCGUCACUUAUCGUAAAUAAUUUAACCAUAGUCAAUGAUGACGUACUCAUGGCUAAUUGGGAACGAGUUGAAGAAGACAUUGCGUUAUUGAAAUCUGUGAACGUAGCUAUUGCUGCAUAUACAACAGCUAGCGCACGUUUAGAAUUAUAUAAAUACUUAGAGCAGCUAGACAGACGCGUACUGUAUUAUGACACUGACAGUAUCUUUUUUAUCAGCGAGUACGAUGGACAGCUUGAACCGCCCACCGGUGAUUUCCUAGGCGAUCUUACAGACGAAAUGGCCGAGUACGGGGAUGGUUCUUAUAUUGCGGAAUUUGUUAGUGGCGGCCCAAAGAAUUACGCAUAUAAGUUUUGGAAAGCCUCUGAAAACACAUAUGAUACGGUGUGCAAAGUAAAGGGUAUUACUUUACAUUAUGCAAAUUCGCAAAAAGUUAAUUUUGAAGCAUUAAAGACGAUGAUCUUAGAAAACCCUACCGUUUCUUUACAAAUCAGUGACAAAGCUAUCAUUCGUAAUAAAAGGUAUGAUGUACUUACCAAAAAUGCGCAUAAAACCUAUGGUAUGAGUUACACCAAAAGACGUCGCAUACAGGGCAGCUUUGACACUCUACCAUACGGUUAUCGAACCUAA